AUGGCGCUGUCCUGGAGGGCGCGGCGCCUGCUGGGCCCGCUGGGCCCGCGGCUGUGGCGCGCCGCCUUCGCGACGCCCGGCCUGCCGCUGCACGCGUCCGCGGCGCCCUGCCAGCAGGCGGAGCACCCCAAGCCGGUGCCGAUGCGCAAGCUCAAGGACAGCUUCCUGGACGGCACCAGCAGCACGUACCUGGAGGAGCUGGAGCAGCGCUAUCAGGCCGAUCCACGCAGCGUGGACAAAACAUGGGCGUCGUUCUUCAACAGCCUCGACAGCGGCGUGGCGCCGGAGGCCGUGGCGGAGGCGUACCACAAGUUCGAGCGCGGGGAGACGGCGUCGCCGCUAACGGCCGUCACGCUGUCCGCGCAGACGAUCCAGGAGAGUAUGAAGCUCGUGACGCUGGUGCGGGCGUACCAGGUGCAUGGCCACGGUGCCGCGACCUUGGACCCGCUCGGCCUGGACAACAGGACACCACCGCCUUUCCUGGACCCGGCCUACUACGGCUUCAAGCCGUCGGACAUGGACCGAGAGUUUGUGUUGGGUCAGUUUGGCCUUGAUGGUUUCCUUGGAGAGAACAAGCCUAUUGUGAAGCUUGGAGACAUUGUGAAGAGGCUGAAGGAAGUCUACUGCGGAAAUGUUGGAUAUGAGUACAUGCACAUCCCAGACAGGGAGAAGUGCAACUGGAUCCGUGACAAGAUCGAGACCCUGGCAGAGGUAAAGUACUAG